UGGUGACCUGUGAAAGGUGGUGUCCACAGCAGUGCAGAAACAGCCCUGGGAGCCGACCAUGUACCUCCAUCUACUUCGUACCUGGCUCAGCAUUGUGGCCUGUGGGCUCCUGCUGCUUCUCUUCCAGACCCAGGGCCAGGACUCAGUCAGCCCCAUCCGGACCACCCACACCGGGCAGGUGCGGGGCAGCCUCGUCCACGUGAAGGGCACCGAUGUGGGAGUCCACACCUUCCUGGGAAUUCCCUUUGCCAAGCCACCUCUAGGACCACUGCGCUUUGCCGCCCCUGAGCCCCCUGAACCUUGGAGUGGUGUGAGGGAUGGGACCUCCCACCCAGCCAUGUGUCUGCAGGACGUGGCUAGGGAUUCAUUGGUUAUGAACCUCUUAAAUCUGACCCUACCUCUCAUCCCCAUGUCAGAGGACUGCCUGUACCUCAGCAUCUACACGCCUGCCCAUGCCCGUGAGGGCUGUAACCUGCCUGUGAUGGUAUGGAUCCAUGGUGGUGCGCUAAUUGCAGGCAUGGCUUCCAUGUUUGAUGGUUCUAUUCUGGCAGCUGUUGAAAAUGUGGUGGUGGUCACUAUCCAGUACCGUCUGGGUGUUCUAGGUUUCUUCAGCACUGGAGACCAGCAUGCCACUGGCAACUGGGGCUUCCUGGACCAAGUGUCUGCCCUUCGCUGGGUCCAGCAGAAUAUCGCCCACUUUGGAGGCAACCCUGAUCGCAUCACCAUUUUUGGCCAGUCUGUAGGCGGCAGUAGUGUGUCCUUACAUGUGGUGUCUCCAAUGUCCCAAGGACUCUUCCAUGGUGCCAUCAUGGAGAGUGGGGUGGCCCUGCUUCCCAGCCUCAUUACCAGCUCAUCUGAGGCAGUUUCCACAAUGGUGGCCAACCUGUCUGCUUGUGGGCAGAUAGAGUCAGAGGCCCUGGUGAGCUGCCUGCGAGGCAAGAGCGAAGAGGAAAUGCUUACUAUUACCAAGGCCUUCAAGAUCGUCUCUGGUGUGGUAGAUGGGACCUUCCUGCCCAGGCAUCCCGAGGAACUGCUGGCUUUGGCUGAUUUUCAACCCGUCCCCAGCAUCAUUGGUGUCAAUAAUGAUGAGUUUGGUUGGCUUCUGUUCACAGUGAGACUUUCUGCCACCCAGGACUUAGACACUGCCGAUAACCAGAAGGAAAUGGACAGAGGGACUGUGCAGGCUAUUCUGAAGAGCAUGUCGGCUUACUUGAUGUUGCCUGCUGAAUUUGGUGACCUGUUAAUGGAGGAGUACAUGGGGAACAAUGAGGAUCCCCACACUCUCAAACUCCAGCUCCAGGAAGUGAUGUCAGACAUCCUGUUUGUGAAUCCUGCACUCCACGUAGCAAGUUAUCACGGUUCCCAUGCCCCUGUCUACUUCUAUGAGUUCCAGCAUCAGCCCAGCUUCUACAAGGACAUCAGACCACUCCAUGUGAAGGCUGACCAUGGUGAUGAGAUCAUCUUUGUCUUUGGAUUCCUCAAGAGCAGUGAAGUUGAGCUCACUGAGGAGGAGAGGCUGCUGAGCAGGAGGAUGAUGAAGUACUGGGCCAACUUUGCUCGAAAUGGGAACCCUAAUGGAGAGGACCUACCCCACUGGCCGCUGUUUGACCAGGAUGAGCAGUACCUGCAACUGGACAUCCAGCCUACUGUGGGCCGGGCUCUGAAGGCCCACAGGCUGCAGUUCUGGACCAAGACCCUUCCUCAGAAGAUCCAGGAGCUAAAGGAGGCCAAGGACAUGCACACAGAGCUGUAGCUCCCUGUGUCAGGGAGGGAGGGCUGGGUUAAGUGCAUGUGGGGUCUGCCUGUGCUGCCCACGCAUGCCCACCCAGCAGCCAGGGUUGACCCCCUCAUUCACAUAGUCACUCAUCCACUCUUCAUUCAUCCAUUCAGUCAACACUGAUGGAGAGUUCAUCUUAUGAUGUUCAUUGCCCAGCUGCCAUGGGUUCUUCUUGUUAGGCACACUCAGUAAAUCCCCCAGGAAGCUGUGGAUGGGUAAGCCCAGUGGAUGCCCACCUUCCUCACACCCCACUGGGCCUAAGCAUAUUCCUCCUUUCCUCAUCUCACCUUCCCAGAACUUUCUGUCUCCUCUCCUCCAGGCUCCUAGACACUCUUCAAAGGAGGAAUAUGCUUUGAGGAAUGUUGUCCACACCUGAGUGUCAAAAUCCCAAAUCUACUUCUCAGCAAGUCUCAUGUAUUCCCUUAUCUGUCAUUCACUACUAGGCAGACUAGACUAGAAGACCUGAUUACCUAAAGCCCUAGUAUUUUAGUACAUUUAGGUUGCUGAAAAAAAAAAUCACAAAGUCAAUAGUUUAUAAACAACAAAAAUUUAUUCAGUUUGUGACCUUAUUUUUAAGGCCAAGAUGCCAACCUGGCAUGAUGGUACGUACUUGUAAUCCCAGCAACUCAGGAGACUGAGGAAGGAGAAUAACAAAUACAAGGCCAGCCUCAGCAACUUAGUGAGACCCUGUCUCAAAAAAUUAAAAAUGAAUAGAACCAUGGAUGUA